UUCUAACCUAAAUCACGAUGGAAGAAUACAGCACGGUGGAUGUUGUAAUGGAGUGUCAAUAGCAUCAUUAGUACUUAGGACACCUAAGGAAAAUCUAGAGACUAAUAAAUAUGCAUAAGCAGAGUUUUAACAUGUCUCACAUUCUAGAGACUAAACAUGAGACGAGUCUUCGAGGCUGAAGGUUACAACCAAGUGCACCACAACAGGCUACAAGACUCCUCUCUUCAACAUUACGCUCUGUAUCUGAGAUGGAUGCUUCUGGACCCCUCUUCCAGGUCUUCAUCGACUUCCAGUAGGACUACUACAAAUUCUACCAGUACUUCUUGGACCACGCGGUCGACGUCGAAUUCAUCAAAGCAAAUAGGACACGCUAACUUACGCGGUGGCGGAGGAACGCAGCAUCCUCCUGAAGCAAUUAUCUCCACCUGUUGUACCAGGACGAAUACGAGUGGUUCGGCUCUUCAUAGUACCUCCUCAUCGAGCUGCGGAAGUAUCAAAACAGCACUAGGAAGAACCCCAAUCCCAACUACGCAGUUGCCAGACGCUAUUUGUGAGCGAUUCAUAUCAAGUAGUGGAGAACUCGGAAACAGCAGGAAGAUGUUUCAGUCAUCCCCAGUCGCAGUGGCUACGAAGAUGCUAGAGACCCUACAGGGUAGUACUGGCGGGUUGACAGCCACGACUUCGACUUCUCCUGUGACGACUUGUUCUCCUCUGACCAAUGAAUCACCAUUGACGUCCUCUGUCGAAGCCCUCGAUCAUCAGGUUGUAGCCGCUACAAGAGCUACAUGCAACAAGGUCUCGUCCACCUCAAUAUCCGCAUCAACGGCAACAGCUCUUGGAAGUGGAACAACUACGCACCUGCAUCUACCUCCCCGUUGCCCAAAUGGAGGCACCAACAACGUAGAUGCUUCAUCCAGAGAGGCACUGCGCCGCAGUAGUACUAGUACGACAACAACAGCCACCUCUACUAUUGGUGGAGGUGGAGGGAGCGCAGCUCCACUUGCCCAACAGCACCUCCCUAAUGCGAUUAGCUUCCAGUAUCAACAGCAUGCGGCUGCAUCUAACAUGAAGCAGCUCAAUGGAGGAACUCGCGCUGUUGAACAGGAUCAACAUGCUAAAGGGUCUGUGAUCGAUCUCCACGAACAUGUUUUUUUCCCGCAGUUCACUUUGGUCCCUGCAGCGUGGUUGCCAGAUUGGCUUACUUGGGCGGUUAUUG